UUCCCUCAUCCGACUUGGCUGAGACAGCUCGGCACAUCGGUUUGCUGCUCAGCCCCGAUAGAGCGGCCAGACAGUGACUUUCUCCCCCUUUUCGGAGCGUGGCUGGGCGUUUUUUUUUUUUGUUAAGGGGGGGUAUCUGUUUUCCUUUAACCAAAGCAAGAACCGUUUAAGGGCGUCAUGACGGCACCCGGUAUGUCACCGGCCUUGUCCGAUAGGCCUGGGAAUCAGAAGGCACGUCGGAUUUUACCCGAGAAUAUGAGAGCAAUGGUGAUACGGCACGAGAGCGUCUAAAGACCUCCUCUGUGGGCUGCUAAUAGGCACACUAGCAUUAGCAGCCUAGGAACGGAGCUAACGGAACCAGCCCAUCGUUCUCUGAUCGUUCGGCGUAGGACAUCGCCGCCUCCAACACUGCGAGCAAUGAUGUCAGCACGCUAAACAAUGGUGAUGACGCUUUACCUGCUCCCAAGUCAGUCGUUCACUGAGGGACCAUUUCCUCUUUUGGCGUUUGGACUUGGCAGCCCGGGCAUGAAAUAAUAAAGUCAAGCAGCUGCAACAAACGACACCUGCGGCGCUUGUGAGGCUGCCGCACCUCUUCCUCCCGGCCCGUACUCUUUCCCCGUCCGUCCUGCUCCUUUAUAGUCCUCCAGCAGCCCUCGACAUGACCACGCCAGCGCUUUUACCGCUCUCGGGGCGCCGUAUACCCACACUGUCGCCGGGUGCCUCUUCCUUUCCGCACCACCGCGCUACCUUGAGAAUCUCGGAGAAGUUCAUCCUGCUGCUCAUCCUCAGUGCCUUCAUCACUCUCUGCUUCGGCGCUUUCUUCUUCUUGCCUGACAACUCCAAGCACAAGCGCUUUGACCUGGGCUUGGAGGACGUACUCAUCCCACACAUUAACUCGCCCAAGGAGGGAAAACAUGUUUCUGGACAGGUGAUCAUACACAGUCAGGGAGGACAUGAUGAGCACCGACACAGGGAGGACAAAGAGAGCCUUCGCGAUAAGAUUCGUGCCGACCACGAGCGGGCCCUGCAGGAGGCCAAAGAAAAGCUGCGGAAGUCGCAUGAGGAGCUAAAGGCUGAAAUCCAGACUGAGAAGAACAAGGUGUUGGAAGAGCUGAAGAAAAAGGAGAAAGGGCCAAAGCCCUUGCCACCCGUGCCCAUGCCCAAGGUGGUGGGCGUUGGCGACGGCGAGCCUCUCGAACCCGAGGUCAAGGAGAAACGGAACAAGAUCCGGGAGAUGAUGAAGCAUGCAUGGGACAGCUACCGUCAAUACGGCUGGGGUCACAACGAGCUCAAGCCACUCGCCAAGAAAGGACAUUCUACAAAUAUAUUUGGUAAUUCUCAGCUUGGAGCAUCCAUCGUGGACGCCUUGGACACGCUGUACAUCAUGGGCCUGCAUGAAGAGUUCAAAGAUGGGCAGGGGUGGAUUGAUCAGAAUCUGGACUUCAGUGUGAAUGUUGAGGUGUCUGUGUUUGAGGUCAACAUCCGCUUCAUCGGAGGCUUGCUGGCAGCUUACUACCUCUCUGGACAAGAGAUGUUCAAGUUAAAGGCAGUGCAGCUUGCUGAGAAGCUUCUCCCUGCUUUCAACACCCCCACAGGAAUCCCUUGGGCCAUGGUCAAUCUGAAGAGUGGUGUUGGACGGAAUUGGGGUUGGGCGUCGGCCGGCAGCAGUAUCCUUGCAGAGUUUGGAACGCUGCACAUGGAGUUUGUUCACCUCACAUACCUGACAGGAAACCCUGCCUACUACCAGAAGGUAAUGCACAUCCGAAAAUUGCUAGCCAAAAUGGAUCGACCGAAAGGGCUCUACCCAAACUACCUGAACCCUCGUACAGGUCGCUGGGGCCAACACCACACUUCAGUUGGUGGUCUGGGGGAUAGCUUUUAUGAAUACCUGCUAAAGGCAUGGCUCAUGUCAGACAAAACGGACACAGAAGCACGCAAGACGUACGAUGACGCCAUUGAGGCAAUCGAGCGCCAUCUGAUCCGCAAGUCCAAUGGUGGCCUGACAUUCAUUGGUGAGUGGAAAAACGGCCACCUGGAGAGGAAGAUGGGCCACCUGGCAUGCUUUGCCGGCGGCAUGUUCGCGCUGGGCGCAGACGGCUCACCCGACGACAAGGCUGGCCACUGGCUGCAGCUUGGCGCAGAGAUCGCACACACCUGCCACGAGUCAUACGAUAGGACAGUGGUGAAGCUGGGCCCUGAAGCGUUCAAAUUUGAUAGUGGGCUGGAGGCGGUUGCUGUGCGGCAGAACGAAAAGUACUACAUCCUACGUCCCGAAGUCAUCGAAACUUACUGGUACAUGUGGCGGUUCACCCACGACCCCAAGUACCGCCAGUGGGGCUGGGAAGCAGCACAGGCCAUCGACAAGUACUGCAGGGUGAGCGGAGGCUUUUCAGGCGUGAAGGACGUCUACUCUUCGAACCCGACAUACGACGACGUGCAGCAGAGUUUCUUUCUGGCCGAGACACUCAAGUAUCUCUACCUGCUGUUCUCUAGCGACGACUUAAUGCCACUGGAAAGUUGGGUCUUCAAUACGGAGGCCCAUCCGCUUCCUGUGCUCCACCUGGGCAACAUCACCCUGCCGGGCAGCGAGCCAGCCCAACACUAAACGCCCCCGUCCGCCAACAAACACCGAACUGAUUUUAAUCAGGUUCUUCAGAUGUGGACCAUAUCGGAGCUUGAGAACUCCCUAAAAACUCUGGUACCCCAGAGUGGACCAUUUAAUUUUUGUUUCAAUGUUUGGUGUUUGUUUGACCAAACUCUUUAUCUUUCUCUCUUUAUUGGGGACACACCAGUUGAAUCAAAACUUUAGUUUCAUGCCACAAUUUUGGCGGCCGUCUUUUUGGACAGGUGUGGAUCCUUCAGAGCGGGCAACAGAGCAACAGUUUGACUGGCCUCAUCAUCGGUCCUGCGAAAAAUAUCACCGCCUACUCAGAACAGAAAGGAAAAAAAAAAACUGCUGCUACGCUAUGAUUGGAUGCUGCUUUUUGUCUUACCUUUCCCACUCUUUUUUUUUUUUAAUGUCCUUUUUUCCAUCUUUUGUGUGCUUCAUCUGUUUCAACUUCAUGAUGAGGAUGAGCGGAAUCAGUCACUCAAUCGUCUGACUCUUUGGCCGCUUGCUGCCUUCAUUCAUCAUUCAAAUGCUUCAUCACCUCCUGCCUUUUUAUCCGUAAACUAUAUGCCAUCAUCAGCAUUCUGAAAUGAAGUAAAUCUAAUUUGAGGUCCUGUGGUCUGCUUUUCCAUCUUUUCCUGACUGUUGUGUUGAAUCUUAAAGUUGGCUUGUUCGUGGGUUUACAGUAUAUUCAUCGGUCCUGACUUUCUCACAUAGAAUUCUUCUUUUGCGCCAGGAUGGUUAAUUGCAUUUACGAUGUAGUUUUCUUCCCCGAAUUUGUUAUAAUGAGCUCAAAAAUAUCUACUGUGAAAGCUGACAACUUUGGCCAAUCAGUUUUGUGAUAUCCAAUAUUUGGUUAUGGAUGGGUUAAACUACAGUUCGGAUUAUGGAUCGUUUUAAGCGUAGACGAAAAAACUUUCCAACGAGAUAAAUUUGUUGAAUUGUAAUAGUUUGGUAAUGAAUAAACAAACUUAAAAUGAUGGCAUUAUCAUAGUUAAGUGAAAUUUGUCAAGAGAUUUUAAAAUCACUCUCUUAAGUGACUUAGUAGUUGCUUUGGCAAAACAUUGAAUACAAAUCUGAAGAUUGAUCAGAAUUUAGCACGGCAACAAUUUAUGGACCACUAAUCAUUAUAUAAAAUAAAUUAUAAUGUUAAAUUGUCCAAAUUCACAUAAUUUAGCCUCAAUAGUAAAUAUUUUGAUUACUGAUCAUCCUCCAUGAAUGUACACUUAUCUUUGUAUUAAGUCAAAAUAAGGUUUUUGCAAACUUAACGCUUCUACUUCGAAAGACAAUGAUCAAUAUUUUUGCCCAUCUUUUGACAUGUUAUGGACCAAAGCAGUGACUGAAUAUCAAAUUUGAGUAUUUUCUUCAGUCAAUUUAAACUGUCCUGUUUUUGAAUAUGUGGAUGGAAAUCAAAACUUGUUUUUUAUCUGAUUGAUCGAUAAUUGAUAACUAGUCACUGUUAAAACAAAUGUUAGUUGCAGCCCUAAUUGAGUUGCAAUCAAACUCAAAGAUAUUUGUAUGCAGAUAAAUCCUGAAUUGCGCAUAAUCCUGACAUUUUCUUCUUUGCUGUUUAAAAUAUUUUGACUGCUUAAGCCUUAUCGUCUGUCGUGACGCAAAUGUGCCAUUGCCAUGCUCUUUUACUUUCAGACAUUGUGAUAUUUUUUAUGGGGGGUGCUAAAAGUUUAGAACUGUGACGUGAAGCAGAUUAACAGAGGACUGAAAUGACUACGCCGGAUUUCAGAUUUUUUUUUUCUUUCUGAUGCAGUCUGAAUUGAGCCAUCGUUUGACUCUUUGUAAAAAAAAAAAAAAAAAAGACCAAAAAAAAAGACCAAAAAAAAAUAACUGCUACACAUUGUCGCUUUUCAAUGAAAAGCAUGUAUCCUUAGAUGUUCUGAAUUUUGUUGUUGUUUUUGUUUUUUUAUCCCAAAAAUGACAAAUGACCUUUCCUCGCGUAUCAGAUAAAGAGAGGGAUAAAAAUAUAUAUAUAUAAAUUCUGAGAAAUAUUUCUUUUCAAUAGACGGACGGCGAUGUCAUGCAAUAUUAGGGUCCUUGUUCGCAAAUGUAAACUUGAGGUAUUUUUUUUUGUUGUUGAUUGUUAAAUUAUUAUUAUUUAAAGUAAAACAAACUCCGGUAUCUCUUAAUUUGGAGGAAGUGCAUCAAUUUUGGCCAGAUAAUAUUGGGACGUAUUGAUUUUCAUUGUCACUUUCUUCCGCAUCAUCGCUUUCAGAAUCCCGUCAACCAUGUGGCUGCCGCUGGCCAGCCAAUGAGUGACUGUGUUCUCUAUUUGUAUUUUUACUUAACUACUAAGAAAAAGUAUGUGUAAAUAUGUUUAAAAGUCCGACACAUUCAAUAAAGUUGUUGCUACGAGUGACGGAA